UUAUUCGCCAUCAGCCGCUCCUCCUCCGCGGUGCUCCCCACUGCAUCAUCUUCCAGUGCAGCCGCAGCAGUCUUCAGUCUCGUCUCCAGCCAAGCUUCUUGGAAUAAAACAAAUCUUCUCUUCUGUGUGUCUCGCAUCUGCAAGAAUUGCAGAUUUAACAAUCAUCUUAUUUAUUCGUAACGUAAAUAAACGUUAGGAAUAUGCCAAACGCUUGCGAUCGCGACUGCUGAAAGGGCAGGAAAAAUACAAAUAAAAGAACGUGAAACGCAACCAAAUAACCACAAAGAGCCGUAACAACUACAAUACCAUACAUUAUAAUAGACACAAUACCCCAAAAACAAGAAGCAAACUAACAACGAGAUGAAGUACGCAAACGCAACUGGAACUGACAACGCGAUGACCUCCGGCAUCAGCGGCCAAUCCAAUACCUGUAACAGUGCAUCCCACGAGAUGCAGCCCACCACAUCCACGCCUACUGCAGUCCACAAGGAGACCUCAUCCACAGCCACGACGACGGCGGUACACGCCAAUGGCAAUUCCAAUCCUAACGCCAAUCCCAACCAGAGCCAGCCGUCCAACGCGCUGUUCUGCGAGCAGGUGACCACAGUGACAAAUCUCUUCGAGAAUUGGAACGACUGCGAGCGGACCGUCGUGAUGUACGCGCUGCUCAAGCGGCUGCGCUACCCGAGCCUCAAGUUUCUCCAGUAUUCGAUCGACAGCAACCUGACCCAAAACCUGGGCACCUCGCAGACGAAUCUGAGCAGCGUGGUGAUCGACAUCAAUGCCAACAAUCCGGUGUACCUACAGAAUCUGCUGAACGCCUACAAGACGUUCCAGCCUUGCGACCUGCUCGACGCCAUGUCCUCCUCCUCAUCUGAUAAGGAUUCGAUGCCGUGCUACGGCAGCGAUUUCCAGAUCACCACCUCGGCGCAGUGUGACGAGCGGAAGCUGUACGCCCGCAAGGAAGAUAUUCUGCACGAGGUGCUAAACAUGCUGCCACUGCUUAAGCCGGGCAACGAGGAGGCCAAACUUAUCUACCUGACCCUCAUCCCAGUGGCCGUCAAGGACACCAUGCAGCAGAUUGUGCCCACGGAGCUGGUGCAGCAGAUCUUUUCGUACCUACUCAUUCAUCCGGCGAUCACCAGCGAGGACCGGCGAUCUCUGAACGUUUGGCUGCGUCACCUGGAGGAUCAUAUCCAGGCGGCGGCGGCGGGCCUGACUAAUCGCAGUUACUUCCUGCAGCCCUCGCCGCAACUGGUCGCUGGCGGCAGCUCCACAGGCAGUGGUAGCUGUUCCUCUUCGGCGACCAGCUCCUCGACAGCUUCCUGUUCGUCGGUGGCCUCAUCCUCGCUGUGCCCGGCCAGCGGCAACCGAUCCUCGCGCACCAACGACUGGCAGACGAUCGCCCCGCCCAGCAAACAGCUGCAGAACAAGUUAGCCGGUGAUUGGCGUGGCAGCGGAGGCGGCAGCUCCAGCGGGUCGAUCAAUCCACUCUGUGAUAAUCUCAAUGGUAUUACCCUGAACGAAUUAGCUUCUAGUCAGAAUAGCCUCGGCCUGUCGCUGGAGGGCAGCUCUUCGCUGGUCAACGGUGUGGUCGCCGGAGCGGGCUCUAUGCUGGGAAUCGGUGGUGGCGACGACCAUGACACGUCAUUCAGCAAGAAUGGCACUGAGAUACUCGACUUCGACCCGGUAACGGCGGAUAUGGGUGAGGCCUGCAGCCUGGCCAGCAGUAGUCUUUGUGGACGAACUGGUGGAAACUCGGUAGACGAACGGUUACAGCCUCCGCCGCAUCUCCAGCAGCAGUUGCUCCAACCUCCGCCCUAUGCAUCGAUCCUUAUGGGAAAUGUGGGGGAUCAGUUUGGCGAGAUCAACCGCUGGAGCCUGGAUAGUAAGAUUGCGGCCCUAAAGACGCGUCGCUCCAACAGCCUCACCACGCAAACGAUCUCGAGCUGCUCCAGUUCUUCUAACUCCUCGGUGAUCACGGUCAAUGACAACUGCUCCAAUUCCACGGAGAACCUGGCCCAAUUCGCCAACAAGCCGCGCAGCUUCUCCUUAUCCAUUGAGCAUCAACGCGGAGCUCUGAUCAAUAGUGGGUCCGAUACGCGUCUGGACGAGUUCAAGCCCAACUAUAUUAAGUUCCACACCCGCAACGUGGGCAUGUCGGGAAUUGGCCUUUGGCUGAAGUCCCUGCGUUUGCACAAGUACAUCGAGUUGUUUAAGAACAUGACGUACGAGGAGAUGCUGUUGAUCACUGAGGACUUCCUGCAGAGCGUUGGCGUCACCAAAGGCGCGUCUCACAAGCUGGCUCUCUGUAUCGAUAAGCUGAAGGAGCGAGCCCACAUACUCAACCGGGUGGAGCAAGAGUUAUUAUCUGGUCAAAUGAAGCUUAGCACUGCCGUAGAGGAAUUGACCAAUAUUGUGUUGACACCGAUGAAGCCGCUGGAGUCCCUUGGGCCGCCGGAGGAGAAUAUUGGACUGCGCUUUCUUAAGGUCAUCGACAUUGUGAGCAACACAUUGCAGCAGGAUCCGUACGCUGCACAGGACGACGAGACUCUGGGAGUAUUUAUGUGGAUCCUAGACCGCUCUAUUCAUAACGAGGCAUUCAUGAACCAUGCCAACCAACUCAAGGACCUGAAGUUUAAGCUGUCCAAGAUGAAGAUCUCCAUGGUACCGAAGAUGCAUCACGUUAAGCCAGCCGGAGUGGGGCCAAACAAUGGCAACAUCAACAAGCCAAGAUGGAAUGGCAAGACUCGCAAAUGCGAUACGAAGAAUGGCAGCAACGAUAGGAUUAACAACCGCAAGAACUCCAACGACAUGCUGAACUUUUCGCUAAAUUGUCUGCAGCAUCCGCUGCCCCAUCACUCGCAGCAGCAGCCACCUCCGCCCCUGCCGCAGUUUGACUACAACGGCUACGGCGGAGGUCCAUCUCAUCAGCCGCAGUACAAAAGCUCCUCGUACCCCAGCUUCAUGGGCAAUCCCCAACAGCAGCCGCCACCGCCGCCGCCCGGCAAGUCGCAUCAUCAUGCCCAGCAGAUGCAACAAAUGCUCCAGCAGCACAACCACUUCCCGGCGUUGCCGCAGCAGACACCGCCACAGUCGCAUCGGCGAUCGCUGAACAAUCUCAUCCUGGUGGCCGGCGGUCCACAGCAGCCGCAGCAACUGAUCUUCAAGCCCGGCCAGGGUGUACUUACCAACAAUGGUUCCAACGACAACCUGGUGGUUGAGCGCAAUCAACAGCAGCAGCAGCAGAGGAAGCUCAGCGGAGGAGUGUCAAGUGGGGAGCUACAACCAAAGAAGACCAUGGCCGCUGUAGUGAUGGUUAGUAAUCCGAAUCCCAGUCAGGAGCAGCACGAUCAGCCGCAGAUCCUGAUCAAUAACAACAACAAUAACAACAGCAUGCUGAACAACAAUUUGAUUAAUCAACAACAGCUGCAACUGUUGGCAGCAGCUGCCGCCGCCGUGGGCAGUGGCAGCUGUCUGUGCUCCAAUGGUGGUGGCGUAACCGGUGGUGCCUGUGUCCACAAUCUCUGUCACCAAAGCAGUAAGAACAACAACCAUGCCGUGGAUCAUUGCCUGUCCCAGCCGCCGCUGGUCAAUCUGGGCUUGUCGCCCCAUGUCACCGAGUACAAGAUGAAUGACUUUAAGAGCCUGGAACAGCUAGAGACGUUGUGCCGCCAAAUGACUGAACAGGCAAUGAACUGAGCAAUGUUCUGAGCUGUCUGAGGGAUUGGAUUGUCAAGACGUUAGAUUUGUGGCUGCCAGCAGUUUUUGUGUUCACUUAGCUUUGAACCGCGUUUGAAGUUUGAUUUCAUAAACGAACGUAAAUGUUUUUAUAUUUAGCUUUGUAAGAUUUGUCGUAUCUAUGUUUGUGUCGCGUCUAGUUGUCCACCCUGCGUCCCCUUCACAACCAUUUUGUAAUCGUUUUUAGUUAGUAAGCCGGUAGUUUGUUUUAAUGUUAAGUUUAUUAAUUGUGUGCCAAUACGUCCCCAACGAUAUGAUCAGCUGGCUGGGCUCGCAGGUCCAACGGCUGGCCGUUGGACUUGCCUAGCCCAUGCAGCAAUCCCCGAAGGAAUAACCCAAGUCAGCUGUCAGCGGGGGCGUGGCAUCUCGCUAUCAAUGUUAUUAAUGUCUAGGUUUCGUAAAUGUUGUCGCCAUUUAUGUAGUUAAACUAACAUGCCAAGCCAGUCCCAAAACAAAAACAAAUCGCAAACACACAGUACAGUAACCUCUCUCUAUGUAGGAAAAUUUGGCCAAAUUUGAUCAACACUUUACGCUAUUCUAAUCCUAAUCACACCAUCGACUAUAUCACCAUCAUCAACAACAACGUCGCCAAAUGAUGGAAGUACCCCGCUAAACGACGACGAAAAAGGUUUAUCUAGUAAAAAUUAUAAAAUGAACUCUGCAUCGUGACCAUGAGACUGACUAAGAUUACUUUUCGCAACUAUAAAAACUAGAAAGAAGAAAGCUGGAUGGAUAGGGAAUUGAAAAGUGAGAAUUGAGAAUUGAGAAACAAGAAACGAGAGCUGAGAGCUGAGAAUUGUUUGCACGAAUCAAAACUAGGCUUGCUGAAUGAAGUAGUAGUCACAUAAUGGAUAUGUUUAUAUAUACACGUACACAUAAUUUAUUUUAAAUUAAAAGGAACAUAUUUGCUGAACCGUAACUGCACCAGAGGAGAUCGCAACACAGCGGAAACAACCACUAGACUAAACUUUCACCGGGAAGAGUUUCAAUGUUUCACUGUUUGUGUUUGAGAAUCGGAACCACAUAUUGUAUUUUGUAUAAGUAAGCGUAUGCGUAAGCCAAAACCUUGUAUUGCAUAACGAAUACAUAAUCAUCAUUGUCAUUGACUAGCCUAACGCUACUAUUACUAUUAUGUUUGCUUUAGUCAAUUGUUUAUCAUGUAAAUGGCAAGCCAAUCACUCGAUAUGUUAUGUUUUAGUUGUUUUUAAAAAAUUAUAUAUAUAUUUAUAUAUACGAAUGUAUGUCGGUCGCAUUAUAAGCUUAGGUUCAAAAACAAACGAUGACGACGGGAGCGGAGCUGAAAAGAAAAGGCAGCCAAAAAAUAGCUACCAUAAGAGCGUAAAAACUUGUAGUAUAAUUAUAAUUGUAUAAAACCGAACAAACGCAUGAGUAAAUAUUGCUUAGAAAUGUUUUUGUUUUUCAAUUUGUUGUCGAUAUUUCCAAAAUACUUUUGUUAACAACAACCGCAGCACUGUAAAUUGCUGAUGCUUUUAUUUAUUAAUAAAAAACCUAUUGUACGGCCAAUUGGGAUACAGAAAUAAUCGAAACCUAAUUGUCAAACUUUAGCGAGUUCAAAACGAUCCACAAA